AUGACCUAUUCCGCAGAUAAUAUUAGCAUUAACACGCCUCCACCUUACCUUGCUUUGGCCAGCGAUGAAAAAUUGCCAGUCGUAUUAUCCAUCGCUGGAUCAGACCCUAGUGGUGGUGCUGGUCUGGAAGCUGAUGUAAAAACUAUCACAGCGCACAGAUGUUAUGCCAUGACAUGUGUGACCGCUGUGAGUGCUCAAACUCCGGCAAAAGUCUACAGUAUUCACAAAACACCAAAGGAUGUCGUAUCUCAAAUCUUGGAAACCAAUUUACAAGACAUGAAAUGUGAUGUUAUCAAGACCGGUAUGCUUACUAUACCUGCUAUUGAGGUUUUGCACGAAAAGUUGUUACAGCUUGGUGAAAAUAGACCUAAACUGGUAGUCGAUCCAGUCUGCGUUGCUACUUCUGGUUCUUCAUUAGCUGGCAAGGAUGUGGCCAGUUUAAUUAGGGACAAAAUUGCUCCUUUUGCAGACGUCUUGACUCCCAAUAUUUCAGAAUGUUUCAUACUAUUAGGCGAAAACAGAAAAAUUAAUAAACUGCAAGAUAUUUUUCAGAUAGGUAAGGAGCUUGCCUCAAUCACUAAAUGUGCCAAUAUCCUAGUGAAAGGUGGCCAUAUUCCAUGGGGUGACGAAGGUGAAAAAUACAUUACCGAUGUUCUUUACUUAGGCGCCGAACAAAAGUUUAUCGUCUUUGAAGGUAAGUUCGUCAAUACCACGCACACCCAUGGUACCGGAUGCACUCUUGCUUCUGCCAUUGCGUCCAACCUAGCUCGUGGUUAUUCUCUUCCUCAAUCUGUUUACGGUGGUGUUGAAUACGUCCAAAAUGCCGUCUCCAUUGGCUGUGAUGUCACCAACCCACGGAUCAAGGAUAAUGGCCCAAUAAAUCAUGUCUAUGCUAUAGAAAUCCCACUAGAAAAAAUGAUUACCGAUGAAUGCUUUUCCGCACCAGAUGUCUUACCUAAAAAGCAAGUUGCAAGUGCUGCUGACAAAAUUCCAGGCGGCAAUUUUUUCGAAUACUUGAUCAAUCACCCUAAAGUUAAGCCACACUGGGACUCAUAUGUGAACCACGAAUUUGUUAAAAAGGUGGCUGACGGUACAUUAGAGCGUAAGAAGUUCAAAUUCUUUAUUGAACAAGAUUAUCUAUACUUAAUCAAUUAUGCUAGAAUUUCCUGCAUCGCAGGUAGUAAAUCUCCAUCUCUAGAAGAUUUGGAAAAGGAGCUAGUUAUUGUCGAAUGCGUCCGUAAUGGGCUUACUCAACACGAAAGAAGAUUAAGAGAGGAACUUGGAGUUAAAGAUCCUGACUUCUUGCAAAAAAUUCAGAGAGGUCCUGCAUUAAGAGCUUACUGUCGCUACUUUAAUGAUGUUGCGAGAAGAGGUAACUGGCAGGAAUUAGUUAUAGCCCUUAAUCCUUGUCUGAUGGGCUAUGGUAGUGCUUUAACCAAAAUUGAGGGUAAAGUAACCGCAGCCGAGGGCUCUGUUUAUCGUGAAUGGUGUGAAACUUACUCAUCAUCAUGGUGCCACGAAGCCAUGCUUGAAGGUGAAAAGCUGUUGAACCGCAUCUUGAAAACGUACCCUCCAGAGCAACUUGAUACAUUGGUGACGAUCUAUGCUGAAGUUUGUGAAUUGGAAACUAAUUUCUGGACUGCCGCCCUAGAAUAUGAAUGA